ACGAAUCGGAGAGGUGUUAAUAAGACGAACGAUACGAUUUCUUAGUCCGGAGUCAAGUAAAGGAAAGGCGAUGAAGGGAAUAUACGUCGCCAUCACCUUCCUGGCAGUUUCGGCCGCGAGCGUCGUGAACUCCGAUCAGGAUUUUUCGGAAGAAGUCUUCUGGGAUCGUAGGGAUGACGUCCCUACAGUAUGCCCAUUGCCUGACCCAAAUUGGAGGAACACCACAACCAAUAUCCCGCACGAAAAUAAUUGCGUGAUGUUUUAUAAGUGUAAUGUGGGACGACGUUUCGCGCAAAUAUGCCCCUUCAUGAUCGAAGGAGAUCUAGUGACAAGAUUGCAUUACAAUAGACGCCUGCAGGUUUGUGAUUGGCCAUGGCAGGCCGGUUGCGCAAGUUGCCCAAUACAGUAUCCAAAUGGAACAUUUCCACCGCCGGAAAGAAUAAAUAAUCCAUCGAACGAUUGCCAGUACCUGGAGUGCGCAAAUGGACACGCAUCCGGACCAUUUAAUUGUCCACCUGGUACAUGCUUCAGUCGCACAUGUCAGGAAUGUGUUAGGGACAGAACUGAUGGAAACUGCAAUGUUGUUCAACCACAACCAUGCAUAGAAGGCGAUCGAAGAUUGCAUGAUUGUUACUGCAAUUUUUAUGAAGAAUGUACAAGAAUUAACGGAGAAUUUCAUUGGAUCCAACAUGAGUGUUUCGGUGGUAUACAUUUUAGCGUCACAGAAAAAAGAUGCAUGCUACCGAAUGAAGCUAAGUGUCCACACAUAAAACAUCUAUUGUAA